AUGUAUUUUCGAUCUACUUCUCAGAAGGGAAUAACUGAUGAAGCUGUUAAGUUAUGGCUGAAUGGUCUCCACCAGCAGCAAGGAAAUAGUAAGCGAAAAUGUAAUCUGGGUUUAACUAUGGUGAUAAGAAGGGCUUUGGAUUAUGUCUCUGAUGAAUUCAAGAUUUUCAAUGUAAGCAAAGUUAUGGAUCAAUUGGUGACGGAGGAAAACAAGGAAUUUGCAGAUUUGAAUCUACUUGAAGAAAUGCUUAAAGAGAAGCUCGUGAAGAAAUGUUUUCUAAUGGUUUUAGAUGAUUUGUUUGCAUAUUGCCCAUUGUUCCCCAAGGACUAUAAGUUUGAUAAGGAGGAGUUGGUCCUAUUGUGGAUGGCAGAAGGGUUUUUGCAACAACAAUCAAGAUCAUUCUUUCUAUAUGCGUCUAAUGACAGAUUGUUGUUUGUGAUGCAUGAUCUCAUAAAUGACUUGGCCACAUCUGUUGCUGGAGAUUUUUUUUCAAGGUUAGGCAUUGAGAUAAAAAAAGAAAUUAGGAAAGAAGCUUUGGAAAAGUACCUCCAUAUGUCAUUUGUUUGUGAGGAUUACAUGGUUUACAAAAGGUUCGAGGCAUUCAAAAGAGCUAAAAGCUUAAGAACAUUUUUAGAAGUAUCAUUUGAGGUGAAAGAAAAUUGGGAAACAUUUUACUUAUCAAAUAAGAUCCUCACCGACUUACUUCACGAGUUACCGCUACUAAGGGUCCUAAAUUUGAGUCAUCUUAGCAUAAACGAGAAAGGAGUAAUAGAGGAGGCUACUAUUGGCCCCUUAUCCCCUGCCAUAACACAAGUGGGGUGGAAUGACAAGGUUAUUGUGAAGACUCAAUUGCUAUUGGAAUCAGUUGGCUAUUUCAAUGGAAGAGCUUAGAAACCUCAAAGCCUUGGAGUUGAAUUAUCCAUGAAUACAAGAAAUCAUGCAGAGGUUGCUGGCAAUGAAAAGAUCCCUGCAAGGAGGAAGAGAACUUGGUCAAUUACUAAACUUUGCAUAUAAUAUGGUUUUAAUGACAUUAGAAAAUAGAAUUAGUUUUAAUGACAUAAGUAUAUAUGUAUAUUGUCGAAAGAUCUGUUUGUGUCUCAAUAUACAGUUGCUAACAUGGACAAUAAAUUGCUUUUAUUUUCUGCUGAUUAUAUUUAUUGAAUAUGAUUAAGUUGUAUAAAAAAAUUCAGCUUUUGUGUG